CUGGUAGAGAGCAUUUUCGGCAGCCUGGAUGGUGUCCUCGUUGGCUGGAACCUCUGCUUCUUACAGGGGCACCUGGAUCCUGUGGAGUACAGCAUCGUGGAGUUUCUCAAUCCUGGUGGCCCAAUGAUGAAGUUGGUUUAUAAGCUUCAGGCUGAAGACUGGAAGGUUGACUUUCCCAUCUCCUUCCUGCCUGGUCCUCUGAAGGCGUCCAUCCAGGAGCACGUCCUCCUCAACAGUCCCCUGUACCACAAUGAGGUCCAGUUCCCCCUCACUGGGGGCUUUGGCCUGAACCUAGUCCUGAAUCUGUUGGAGUAUUACAUAUUCUCCUUUGCCUUGAGCUUCAUCACUCAAAAACCACUCCGUGUCCCUCCACGUCUGUACUUCAGGCGUACCUACUUCAUCCUGGUGGACAGGUACCUGUUGUGGUUCCUGCCCACUGAAGGCAAUGUGCCCCCACCCCACACUCUCCUCCAGCCCAGGGGCGCCAGACCCUCACCUGCUCCCAGGACACCAGCCAUGCCCUUUGCUUCCUACAGCCUCCACCACACUAGCCUCCCGAAGCCAGACAUCUCUCAUCAGACGUCUGUGAAUGCGGACCCCACCUCCCACGAGAUCUGGAGGUCAGAAACUCUGCUCCAGGUUUUUGUUGAAAUGUUGCUUUGCUAGUAUUCCUCGGAGAUGUGCCAAAAUAUGCAGUCCCCUUACGCCAAGCAGUGGUUCAGGCCCACUGGGGAACACGUGCUGGUGGUGCGCCUGCCGCUGAAGCACCUGCUUGCCUUUGCCAACAGCCUGAAGCCAGAGCAGGCCUCGCUCUCCUCCCACUCCCAUGCCACCAGCCCCCUGGAGGAGUUGAAGAAUGCCGUCCCGAGGUUCGUCCAGCAGAAACGCUACCUCUUCCUGCAGCAUUGCUUUGGCCACUGGGCGCGUCCCCUGGACUCACGCCUCCCACAGGUCCUGGAAAUGUGACUGAGCUACCUGCAGCCAUGGCGGUAUGCGCCUGACAAGCAGGCUCCAGGUAGCGACUCCCAGUCCCAGUGUGUGUUGGAGAAAUGCAUGGACAUUGCUCCAGUGGUUGGAGACCAAGUCAGCGGCCUGUGCUGGGACAUAUGUUCGGUGACCCCCAAACUAUCCGUUGACCCUCACCAGCACAGAGCAGAGCAGGGGCUGCCUUCCCCUCAUCCCCUGCUUGAUCCUCAUGUCCAUCUCAGACCAGUGUGUAGACAGCCCCUUGGCUACUCCUUCCUGUCAUGGCCGGGCUUUGGCCACGACACCAACGGCUCCUACCCAGCCAACGACCUGGACAAGACAGGGCAGGACAGUGCAGAGACAGACAAGUACCUGGAGGCGGCCCUGGAGUACCUGCGCCAGAUAUUCCUGGUACGAACUAUGGAGCCUCACAGCUCACACAGUUCACUUGCCUUGGGCACCACCCAGGAUGGGAACAGAAAGCAGCAGCUCCUUGACUGCAUCGGGGGUGAGGACAGACUCACCCUCAUGUUUCCGGGUUGGUACCAGAUCAUCAAUGCGCUGCAAAGGUUUGACAUUGAGUACCAGGGGGACCCAGAGCUGCAGCCCAUCUGGAGCUACAACAUUGCCAUCUUGGUCUGUGUGCUCUUCCAGUGGUCGUCUGCCAUCAACCACAGAGAAUGGGCAGGAGGGACAACCUGGCCUCUUCAGAAAGUGUUCUCAAUGCUCCUGCCCAAGGUGGCCUGUGGGGGCCCAAGAGGUGAGGCCCUGGAUGGUGGGGGUGGGCCUGGGCAGCCUGGCGCUGCCGCGGGUCCCACCAUGCUGACGUCCCUGUCUUUUGGCUGCGUACCUCAAGUCCCUCCUGGAAAAGGGCCAGAAGCCCCGGUGGCCCCAGAGGAGGCUGGGUCUAGCUCUCCCAGCACAGGUGCACCCCACAGUGCCAGCAGGAAUGCCGCAGAGGGCCUGAGGCCCCAGCUGGGCUCGGGGAACCGGCAGCCCCCACAAGCGGGGCACAGCCCUCCCCUAGGAGCCAGCCCGUUCCUGAUUGGGCUGGCGGAGGGCCCCACUUCCCAUAGCAGCUCAGCCGAACCCAACAAACCGGUGACCAGAGAAGCGAGCGUGUUUUAA